AUGGCUGGCCUUCGAAGAUCCAAGCGACUGGAGUCUUGCAAUCAACCUGGCCAAGACAAAGUCACCAAGAUCGCAAGAACGUCAAAGGAUCAGGAACAGAUGGUUCCAGGGAAGAACAAAAAGACAGGACGGAGCCUCAUGGAAGGACCUUCGGACCCAGGGAUCGGCAGAGCAUCGCUGGAUAAUCCAUCGCCAAAUGCAUCGAAACAACAGCUGGGCAAAGAAGAAGCAGUGUGGAAAGAAGCACAGCAAAAGGAAGGACAGGCCAGCGCUAAAUUAGCUAGGGGUCAAUUCAAGAACCUGGAUGACGGUCUUGAAGACUUCCGGCGGCUUGUUCAGUCGCAUGUUGGUUUGGGUCACAUUAUGAAGAUCUCAGAGGUAGCUGGUUUCAAGGAUCUUCCCUGGGAUAGUCUUGACGAGGCCGCUCAGCAAAAGUUCAUUGGAUAUUCGCCUCAUGCCCAACAGCUCUUUGAGACGCCUCUCAUACGUCAGUUCAUGUUCGCACGUUGGAUCUGGGAGAUCAUUGAUGAGAACUUUUUCUCUAGAAAGAGUCAGGACAUUGAGUGGACGUCGCCGUAUUGGGAAGCCCAAGCCACGAUGGAGCGCAUCUUACGAGAGAGAAACUUCUGUCACGACGAGGAAAGACGGAGUGUCCAGUAUCCCAACUGGCGAUACACCGCAAUCGACUUCUAUUACUCCCUUGAAGAAGUGGGCCAAUUUGAAAAGAGGAUUGAGCCGGGAUGCGUGGUCAAGAUCGUGGAGAAAGCGGUUGGCCAAUACUUCCCUGAGAAUCCUGGCCCCUUCUUAACAAAGAUGCUCUCACUUCUCGCAGAAACGGUUGUCAGUUUCGAGUUGAAGUUCGACUGCGGUCGCCAGACUCUUCGAAAUGUGUUUCAUGACCCCAAGACCAAGGAGGUAUAUGGAUUUCCAUUUUCAGCCACAGUCGAGGGAUUCCACGCUGGAAACGUGAUGCAAUUAGUUUGCGGCGACGACGAUGCUACAUACGAUGGUCGGCCUGUCGAUCUGGUUGUGUCGCCUAUGCUGGUGUUUUAUGGGGAUCUAUAUGGAUAUGAUUACCACGUUGCGACUGUCGCAUUUCCUAUGCGAGUGUGUGUUGGAUACCGUGACGGCUUUGACCAGGACGAGGUGACUGAGACGGAGGGGGACGGAGAAGAGGAGGUGAAGAUAAUCAAGGAUAAAGAGGGCGGUAAUGAGGAUGAGGAUGAGACGAAGAUCGAGGACGAGGAGUGGGGUCACAGCGGUGUCACUUUCCUUCACGUGACCUCGAGAAAAUGUUCGCGGCCAAGCUUCACAUUUAGCCCCAUCUCGAUAGUGAACAUCAGAUGCAACUCGAGCCUUGACCUCCAGCCCGGUUCGUCCCAAUUCAUCACCAUGGCCCUCCAACCCUGCCGUUCCGGCCUCUGGCGGAGUAGGCAUGCCGCCCGCACCCUCAUGCCUUGCGUGCGCACCUACGCUACCGACUCGACACCCGAAUCCUUCAGGACCAAGACACCGUCUUCCUCUGGUGUCGUGCCACGAUGGAGCCAGACGCCUGCCGCUAUGAAGGCGCCUCUGCAACUCGACUGGGCAAAGAAUCCUCAGAACAAGGUCUGGACUGUCAACAACGACCCCAAGAAGCUGGACGAGGUGUACGAGCGCCUACUGGGUCCUGGAGGCAGCAAACUUCUGCCCGAGGAGCUCAAGUGGUUGGCUGUUACGCACAAGAGCUUUGAUCAGGGACGAAGAGGAUUCAACGACCGAUUGGCGCUUCUAGGACGAAUGACUCUUGUCAUGGAGACGACAAAGACAAUUGUUGCCCAAAGUCCAAUGGGAACACCGAAUUUCGACGACGGAUUUGACCGCCAGCCAUUCGUGCAUCCAAAUUUGCAAUCGGUAGACAAUCUCUCCAUCAAAGGACCCAAGGAUGUUGUCGGCAAGGAGAGACUAUCUGGCUUGGCAGCUGAAGUGGGAUUGAUCGAUGUUGUGCGGUGGAAGCCCAAACAGGUGCAAAAGCUCCGAGCUUCAGGUGCCGAUGUCGUGCUCAACGGCGCCAUCAUGGCCAUCAUUGGUGCCAUCACAUUACAGCAUGGAGCAGUAGUGGCAUCACAGGUUAUCAGAGAGAGGAUAUUGUCAAGACUACAGGAUUGA